AUGUUCGACGUAAUCCCAACACCAAUUGUCACAGGUACCCUUGGGUACAUCCUGCUCUGCUUCUUGGGCCUUGGCGGUGUGUUUGGUUCAAGAGCAGUAGGCGUAAUGGACAAGGAUGAAGCAGCAAUCGGAAAUGUUGUUGUCUGUAUUGCAUCAUUCGGAAUGUGGCUAUUCUGGCUAUGUGCUUGGCUACAUCAAUGGCAUCCUCUGAUUGCUCCAAUAUACGAAGAGUAG